AUAUAUAAGAAAAACACUUAUUCCUCAAUCAAUUACUAUUUAUAUAUAUAAAAUAUAAAAAAAAUAUCAAUUUCUUAUGACUUCUCUUCUGUUUUUUAAAUCUAUGCUUUUUGCCAAAGCAUUGAAAAUACAGAGAAAAAGAACAAGAAUGAAAUCCAUCCUGCACAAAACUAAAACAUCUAAAAUGUGUCGUAUAUGUAACGAAGAGACAGCGAACAUUCCGAUUUUUGAAAAUAUUAACCAUAUAAACAUACCAGAUGAAGUAAAAAAAAUAUCAGGAGUUGUUAUAAAUAAAGCAGAUAAUCUUCCAAAUCACAUAUGUCAAAGCUGUUUGGAUCUUCUAAAUGGGUGUAUAUUAUUUCGAGAAAUGUGUCAGAAAACUGACAAGAAGCUAAUUGAAUUUUCUAUUAAAAAAGAAUUUGUUAAUGCAGAAGAUACAAAUGACAGUUCUGAAAUGGACCAAGAAGAUUCACAAAAUAUUCCAUCACCAGAAAGUUCUGAAUUGUGGAAUUGCUCAACAUGUACCAGAGUUUUUGUUGAUUUGACAACAUACAAUGGACAUUUAAAUGAGUGUAGCCAACAAACUGGUGAGAUUCCCAAAGUUGAGGAAAACAAGAAGACAUUUUUAUGUGACAUAUGUGGUAAAAUUGCAAAGUCAAAUGCAAAUCUUCUAAUUCACAUGGGUAUUCAUGAAAAUGUGUUUCCUUUCAAAUGUGAUGUUUGUCCAUAUCAAGGAAGAACAAUGGAUCUAUUAAAAGUGCACAAAAGAACACAUCUGACUGAUAAGCCAUUUAAAUGUUCUCUGUGUGCAAAGUCAACCACCACUGCUAGCAAUUUAUCUAAACAUAUGCGCCAUGUUCAUAGUAAAACAAGACCAUAUAAGUGUACAUAUUGUGAAAAGGCAUUUUCAUAUCAACAUGACAUGAAUCGACACAUACGAGAUAUACAUUUGCGGCAGGGGACUGUUGAAUGUGAUAUUUGUUGUAAGAAAUUUAAUACUAAGAAAAUACUACAAGGCCACAGAUGGAAAAUCCACAAAAUCAAAGGCGAAAGACACGGCCGGCUGCCAUCUUAUUUACAGUGCCAAAUAGGGGACAACAGUGAAAAUAAACCUAUAGCUAGUGAGAAUAUUAAAAUACAAGAUGCGUUUUGAACAUGAAAUAUUUUCAGCGACGGAAAGUAGGUUUUUUCAAUUUUGUUCUGCAAAACGCGAACUCUGAUUUGAUACUCGAAAUACUUAUGAAUGGAAGCUAUAAAACUAGUAGGAAAGUAGCUUACUUGUUUUAUUCUAUGCAUGAACAUAAUCGUCAAUUUACCGUGAUGGGUGCAAAGUUAGAAAAAAACGGGGUUAUAAAUUUGUCACGACACCCUUACAAUUUAUACUAGGUACAGUAGGUAAGUCCUUAACCCUUAGUAACCUUAUACCAACAGCUAUCUAUCAGUGAAAGUCGUGUCAAAAUCGGCCCAGUCGUUCCUGAGAUUAAUCGGAACAAACAGACAGACAGACAAACAUUAUAAAAAUUACUAUUUUGGUAUAUUAUGUACAGUGUAAUCGUAUGUGCUUAUUAACAUAGAAUCACGUUAUGAUUAUUCUAAUA